ACAUCAUCGUUUUCUCGACAUAAAAAAUUGAAAACUACAUAUUUAUGAUCACCUCUUCGAGUUCUAGGCAAUAAUGUAUAAAUAAGUCAAAAAUAAAAUACUGCUUCAACUUUGAAUGAGCGCACCUGUGUCUAUAUGAAGAUUUUAUCUAGCUUUACUAGAAGAUCACCAUGGUCUUCAGGAGGGGUACACUAAAUCUAGCUCCAAUUGAGCGCAGUUAGAUGUUUCGAUUGAUCGAGCAUUCAUUGCUGGAUGAGUCGAUCGAUGCAAUGACCACUUUAGCUAGAAAACACUGUAAAAAAUAAAGCGUGUAAACGACACACAAAGUGAACGCCAAGUCGAUUCCCAGUGACCGUCUAGAACGUACGGCGUGGGUGUGUAAAAUUCACCCUAAGAAGUGAUCUUCUGGCUUUACACACUGAGGCCAAUAAUGCAGUCUAGUUGUCUAAACCGUUUGUGCUGGAAAUGUGCCAGAUCCAUCAAUUUGUUGUUCAAAUCUAUCGUAUAGCGAUAUUUUUUUUCGCUCUUUUUCUUCUCUGUUUUUGCUAGAAGUGACAGCAUAUAUACUUUGGAGAAUAGUGAUCAUGAUCGUGAAAUUAUUUUUUCGUUUAAUGUAGUAGUUCGCGGGAAAAAUGGCAAAUAAGAAAUAUUUUUAACACACCUAGCUUCUUACACACUGCGAUUAACCGUCUAGAAAAAGUACACACUUUUUGAUGCUGCGUGAGCAUUUAGACGAUUUACACAUCUAGUAACACACUUUAUUUUUUACAGUGCACCACAUCAAUUGGCAGACAGCGGGAUAAGUGUACUUUUAAUCUAGUUCUAGUAUCGCCCGUUGUUUUAUGAACCAAUAUAAUAUCAAAAAGCUACCAUAAUGAAAGAAAAAGCUUAAAAGAAUGAGAAUAUUACAACGCAUUUUCAACAAGAGAAAGUUAUGGUUUUUACAACAUUUCUGUUCUGUAACCUAGCAUGCAUUUACUCUACUUUGUAGGGUACAAUAGUUCAACGGGCCAUAAUCCUUAAUGUAUUUGGUGUAAUCGUUACAAUUUCAUUGAUGUUGAAUGCAAAAUUUGUUCUUAACCUCAUUGAAAACGAUAAAGAACUGGUUCUUUUGGUUGACGAUUAUUUCAAAGCAUUUUUACUUUUUGUACCAUUGGAGGGGAUCUCGGUUGUGCUACAAAAAUACAUCUGCACAAAUGGAAUCACGUAUCCACUGGUUAUUAUUAAUCUCAUUGGAAAUGCAGUUAAUGCGGUGCUGCACUAUGUGUUUCUUUACGUUUUUCAUUUUGGAGUACGUGCUCCUCCUAUUGCAAUGACUAUAUCUUAUGCUGUAAUAUUACUAACUGAAAUAUUAUAUAUUCGUUUUUCUUCCAUUUACAAAGAUACUUGGCAUCCACUCAGCCGUGAAUGUCUACGCGAAUGGAUCGUAUAUGUUCGUUUGAGUGCUCCAGGUAUUCUCGCAACAAUGAGUGAAUCAUGGGUGUUUGAGUUAGGUGUUUUAUUUGCUGCAAAAUUAGAUUCAGCUAGAUCACUCUCUGCACAAAGUGUCGCGUAUCAGGUUGGCGUAUUUCUAUUUCAAGUUGGUCAAUCAGUGGGUGUUGCUGGUAACGUUCGAAUCGGACAAUAUUUAGGGGCAGGUAAACCAGUUGAAGCCAAAAGUUGUAAAAAUAUCAUCUAUACAUUGGGGGUAUUCAUUGUUGCGUUUGAUAUGGCUUUAAUUUUUUCAACAUCCCGAUGGAUACCAUUGGUGUUCAAUAUUCGAGAACCAGAAGCAUUAGCACUUUCGCGGCACAUUUUGCUUGUUGUCGUUUCUAUGGAAGGUAUGAUAAAAGCAUGUGGAAAACAAGCCAAAGGAGCGGGAAUUGCAUUUUUUGGUUUCUAUGUAAUUGGAAUACCAUUGGCUGCUGUAUUUAUGUUCGUUCUUAAAAUUGAUGUUUUUGGAUUUUGGACUGGCUAUGCAGUUGGCAAAGUAUUUACGAAUGUUACACUGUUUCUUUUUAUCAGACGAUUCAAUUGGCAGAAAAUUGCCGAUGUAGCCAGCGCACAUUUUGCUCCCUCUGAAGAAAAUGCUCUUUAUCACAGCUGGACCAUGCCUGCUGCGAGACGCUCUUCUUUCGUGCCAAUAAGCAAUGUACCACCGAUGAUGACAAAGUCUCUAGAUAAAACUAGCGAACAAACCAAAACGGUGGAAAAAACACUUUUUAAACUAAUUUUAUCUAAAUUACUUAUAGCUUUACCCUUCUUCGCUCUUUUAAUAGCUGCAAUUCUGACAUCGGUACUUAUUCCGAUAAGGAAAUAUGAAAUGAUUGAAAUAUUAGAUAAGUCAAAGUCUGUGUAG